AUGAGUCAAUCGAAGCACGGAUCGCAUGAGUCCCUAUCUCCAGAAGAUUGUGACAGAUUGGUUCUUUCUCCUCCCCCGGUCCCCCUCAAUCCUAUUAAAUUAAGGGAAUUUCUUUCUGUCAACCGCGCUGUCUCGGCGAAAUAUAGUCUUCAUUCUGUUCAGGCAUCUGAGGGUUCUCCUCCCAUGCCCAGACAUGCUAGUGUUGCUUGGUCGCGGAGUGAGUUUGAUUCAAAGUUCAAACAAUAUGAAUCUGAAAUGAAAUCGGCUUCCAUCUCUGAGGAUCUUCCGGAUGUUCACUUAAAACGAAUUUCUCUUGAGCCCACAAAUGCUUCUGAACAUUUUUCUUCUCCCGUCCCUAUUUCCCUUUCCGUGGAAAAUCCAGAGCCCGCUUCGGCCGUAACUCCCCAAAAGUCCGCUUUAGUUUCUACUCCCUCAUCACCUUCUCAAUCUCGCUGGCGACAACUUCUUUGUUGUGUACCCUCCCGUACCAAAAUCCCCGAAUAUCCACCAAAUCAACGACCUAUUCUUGCACGAGGUGACUCUGAUCAUGCGACCACUAAAAAAUCCUCUACUGUUCCGGAAGCUCAUACUAAGAUUACUAAGUCAUCAAAGUGGACUGGUCUCUUCAAGAAAUCUAAAAAUGUUUCUGCCGAUAUCAGUACAAAUGGCAGCAAAAAGUCCACGAAAGUGGAACUGCGAUCGGUUAAACUGGCCCCUCAAGCGGCCGAUGAACGCCUCAAAUCACCAGCUCCCGCUCUUCUCAUAACUCGACACGAAGCAAAUUCUGCUGGAAUUACUAUUACCUCUACGUCGGAUAAUUUCCAUUAUAGGGGGGAGAAUGGCGUGGCUGGUUACCAUGUUAAUCUCGAUGACCGAAUGUCUGAGUCGGUACAUUCUCAGGAUAGUCAGCAAAGCGAUGAUUCUUACUUGGAACCAGUUGAUCAGGCGAAUCCUGGAGAAAAUUUAUUGGGUCAACCAUCUCCCGAUUGCAUUGGGAAAAAGUGCCUUGUUCUUGACCUUGAUGAAACCCUGGUACACAGUUCCUUCAAGCCCAAGAAUAUGUUCAUAGGUGGUAGCUUGUGGCCACGACGCUUAGAGCUUGCAGACUGGUUGGCCGAUGCCAUAAAGCCCGUGGAAAAUGCGGACUUUACGGUGACAGUAGAGAUUGAGAAUGUUCAGCACGAAGUAUCGGUAUGCAAAAGGCCACAUCUGGAGACUUUUAUCGAAACUGUGGGUCCGCUUUUCGAGGUUGUCAUGUUCACCGCGAGUCUCAGUAAGUACGCAGAUCCAGUAUGCGAUCGGAUCGAUCCGGCUGGCCAUUUCAAACAUCGUCUCUUCCGUGAAUCGUGCGUCUGCUUCAAGAGUAACUACAUCAAGCAUCUCGCCUUCUUGGGUCGAGAUCUUGAUCAGAUUUGUAUUAUAGACAACUCUCCUAUUUCAUUCUACUUCCAUCGACAAAAUGCCUUACAAAUUGUGACCUGGUUUGAUGAUCCCACCGACACAGCCCUAUUGGAUCUCAUUCCAUACCUCAAGGGUCUAGCCGAGGCUCCGAGUGUGCUCGAAUACGUUUCACAGUACGCACCACCGCCAACUGCAGCCAAGGCCCAGCCCGACAUUUCUCCUUGGCUCUUUGGUGCUCCCGGUCUCGGUGGUUGGGGAGGCUACAACGAUGAAGACGAGGAGGAAUGUGAGACAGGGGCUGACGGUGAAAUCAGCCUCCCUCUCAGGCAAGAGGGAGAUGAGGAACCAUGUAGUAACAGUAGCUCCUCGUCACCUCAUAGCAUCAUCACUAUGGCACCCAGACCCUCAGGUGAAGCUGUUACGGCAAACACUUAA